AUGGUCGAACUUCUUCUUUCACAUGAUGCAAAUAUCCAUGACAAAGAUGAAGGUGAACAAACCACUCUUCAUCAUAUAGAAUUUCUUCUUUCACGUGAUGCGAUAAUUAAUGAAAAAAAAUAG